AUGCCACUGCGACCCUUUCCAUAUCCUUUCCGAGUGGGCACUGACAUCUGCCAUGUCCUACGAUUACGAGCCGUUCUCAUGCGCCACCAUCGCGGCGAGCCCCUGCGACCUCUACACCAAUACUUGAGACGAGUUCUUACCGAUCACGAACGUCAGUACUUCUGGAACCGUUUUGGACCAGAAGAAACAAUCUCUAAGAGGAUGGAUUCAGUCUCCAAAUUCCUCGCUGGCAGAUUUGCGGCGAAGGAAGCUUGUCGCAAAGCAUGCAGUCAUCUAGAUAUCGAUGAGAGAGGAUUCAAGCAUAUUAUGAUUCUACCGGUUACCUCGGUGGAUCGCAGCGAGCACCAGUCAGCACGACCCCAAGGGUUGAUACUCGAUAAAGUGUAUGACACAGAGAGCUCUGAUGAUACACGUGUUGACGUGAGCGGACUUGAUGGACAGUUGUGCGAGAUCAGUAUCAGCCACGAUGGAGACUUUGCAACUGCUGUUGCUAUCGUGCCGGUUGUGGAAACAGCGUCGGAUUCUUGA